CGAAGAUAGGUUUUGGGACUUUUCAUGCCCGCGAGAGACGAAGCUUCACUGACUAGUCUGCAGUUUCCAGCCUGCAGUUUCAUAUUCAAAAUUUGAAGGAUUAUGCGUGUUUGAGGGGGAGGAACGCAGGAAUCAUGUCGCACGCAGGGUUGCGGAUGAGCACUAAUGAGAAGGAGUUCAUAGUAGCUGCGAUUCGUGAGGAGCAACGGAUUGACGGGCGUACUCCAUUUGAUUAUCGUCGUCUUCAAAUUAAAUUCCUCAAGGAAGAUGGUUCUGUGGAGGUACAACUAGGACAGACAAGGGUUUUAGCAGUUGUGAAGGGAGAAAUUACGCAACCAUACCCAGAUCGGGGAAAUGAAGGAUCUCUUGCAAUUUUCACAGAAUUUUCGCCAAUGGGGGAUCCUGCUUUUGAGCCAGGCCGGCCGAGUGAGAUGGCGGUAGAGCUAGGUCGUAUCAUAGACCGUGGAUUAAGGGAGAGCAGGGCCGUGGAUACGGAGUCGCUAUGUAUUUUGUCUGGUCGGUCUGUGUGGUCCAUCCGGGUGGAUAUCCACAUUCUGGAUAAUUACGGGAACCUGGUGGAUGCUGCAAAUUUGGCAGCUCUAGCAGCGCUUCUAUCUUACAGACGGCCAGAAUGCACUGUUGGAGGCGAUGAUGGCCAACAAAUUAUUGUUCAUCCUCCUGAGGUUCGGGAGCCUGUUGGUUUGAUUAUUCACCAUCUUCCGAUUGCUGUGACUUUUGCAUUUUUUGGUGACGGGAACUUUCAAGUGCUGGAUCCAAACCUGAAAGAAGAGGAGGUCAUGGGUGGCAGAAUCACGAUCACAAUUAAUUCGCAGGGGGAAAUUUGUGCCGUCCAGAAAGGAGGAGGUGUAGGUGUAUCUGCUAGUGAAGUUAUGAGAUGUCUUCGCAUUGCAGCUGCCAAAGCACAGUCAAUGACCGAAACCCUCAAGAAAGCUGUUGAAAUUCAUGAGAUAGAACGAGCUCAGCGGAAAAUACGGCGUCACCCUAACUUGCAAAAUCAAAUAGAUACAGCUUCCUCGGUUCCAAAUCCCAUUAAGAAGAUAGAAGUUGAGAUGGAAGAAACAUCAGAGGACAUAGAACCUAAACAGGCGCUAGAUACGGAGAGGGGCAUCAAGGAUCUAAGCAUGUCUGACUCAAGUCGUAUGAAAUCAACCGAGACAGAAGUGGCCGAAACGCUUACUGAAAAGCCAUCUCGAGCAGGAGGAAGGGAUUUAUUUGCUGGAGGUGAAUCUGCGUGGGGUGAUGAUGUAAAGCUUACUCCACUGAAAGGAAGCCCGGGCACCAGGAGCACCUUGUUUCCUCUUGACUCGGAUGCGCUCGUGGAGUUUGAUGUAGCUGCAAGAGCUGUUCUUAGAGGAGGCGUCUCAUCACAACGGAUGUCUUCAAAAUUGGUGUCAGAACCCCUUCAACGUCAGAUUUCUGAUCAAAUUGCUGCAGCUGCAGUGUAUGCCAACCAGACCUCGCCUCUUAUCUCAGAAGACGCUCGUCCACUUGGGCCCAUCUUCCCCAGGGUGGGAGAUAUGGAUUCAACUGAAGAGAGUGAUGCCGCAUUGGAAACAAAAUCGGUAAGUCAACCUGAAGGCACACCCGUGAACUUCUAUUUUUCUGGUAAAAAGAAGCCAAAGAAGAGGGGUGGCAGUGGUAGACAAGACUGAUUAGUUUUACGUCUUUGGAUAAAUCAUAUCCUAAUUCUCCAUGGUACUUGACAUUCAUACUUUUUGUGCUUAUCUGCCAUUGUGGGUUAUUUGCAAAUGUCCAAUUUAGUGUAAAUUGUUCCACUACGCAAUAGCCGGAUUUGUCCAAACAACUUCGAACUGAGGAUUCAAAGCAUUGAUCUACAUUGAAGAGAGAAUAUGCGUUCUAUCCUUGAAUUUUACAGUGCAUUACCUCUCUGGUGGGUAGCUAGAAUGACAAGAAAUACAAUCCCAGGUGAGGUUUCCAUGGAGUAUUUUGUA